UCCUGUCAUCAGUUUUGUUUACAUUUUAUUUCUAAAUAUAUAAAUCCAAUGUGAAUCACCGAUUGGAGAAUUAAGUUCACCACAAUUGAAAUUAUCUGUACUUUAACGACAAAAUGGGUCUUUUAACUAUCUUGAAGAAGAUGAAGCAAAAAGAAAAAGAAGUUCGACUUUUAAUGCUUGGUUUAGAUAAUGCUGGUAAAACAACCAUCCUGAAGAAAUUUAAUGGUGAAGAUAUAAAUACAAUUUCACCAACACUGGGCUUUAAUAUCAAAACAUUAGAACAUAGAGGUUUUAAGUUAAAUGUAUGGGAUGUUGGAGGUCAAAGGUCAUUAAGAUCAUAUUGGAGGAAUUAUUUUGAAUGUACAGAUGGAUUAAUAUGGGUAGUGGACAGUGCUGAUAGAAUGAGAUUACAAGAUUGCAAACAAGAAUUACAUUCAUUAUUAUUAGAAGAGAGAUUAGCUGGUUCAACAUUGCUGGUUUUUGCAAAUAAACAAGAUUUACCAGGUUCACUUUCUAGUGAAGACAUUCGUAAGACGUUAGAUUUAGAUAAUAUUAAAUCUCAUCAUUGGAGAAUUUUACCAUGUAGUGCUGUCACAGGUGAAAACUUAUUAGAUGGUGUAGAUUGGAUUAUAGAUGAUAUAGCAUCAAGGAUAUUUACCAUGGACUGAUUAUUAUCUGUUUACUAGUAAUUCAAUAACUGUGAUAUUUUGAAGAAAAAAUCUUUAUUAAUUUACAACAUCAAUGGAAUAUAAGACUUUUUUGACUUUCUGAACACUAUGAAAUAGUCUUGCUGAGAUCUGUCAUAUUCCAUUUUCAGAUUUUCAGAUUCUGAUUAUCAUCCUUAUAAGUUCAAUAAAUGGAAAUCUUGAAUAUUUGGUCAGUUCCACUCUAUUGUUCAGCCACCUAAAAGUAUGUUCCUUUAUCUCCCAAAAAGUAGAAUUGAAAACCAUUUUCAAACCAAUUGUUCUGAUGAUGGAUUUUUCUAUCAGAAACUUAACAUAAGUUGAGCUUGUGCCUUUAUUGAUAUCAUGAUAUAUUUAAUUUAAGUGCUGUAACUGUGCUAUCUAAACAUCCUAUUACAAUUUCAGUUUCAUUAUCAUCAUCAAUAUCACCAGUAUCUAUUGUACUAAUCCAAUCAUUGGUCUCAUAAUUACAUACAACCUGUAAUAAAUAAUAUUUGUCUGAUUUUAUGACAUAUUUCCAACCCU